AUGGAUGUUCAAUUGGAAUUUAAUGAACAAGAAUUACUUUGUAAAGUAACAUUGUAUUCUAUGAGUAGAAGUGAUGAAGGUCAUGAUAGUCAUGGUGAUGAUGGUGGUCAUGGCAGUGAUAGCACUAAUAGUAACAGUAACACCACCAAUAGUAACAGUAACACCACCAAUGGAAACUCUCAACACUCACAACAUCCAUUGGAUACCUUCAAGUUGAAUUUAAUUCAUUACAACAAAUUGAGAUUACUCUACAAGAAAUGCAAUGAAGAGAGAGAUCCAGAAAUGAAAGAAUUUAAAUAUAGACUCUAUACUCUCAUUAGAAGAUAUCAAACAUUCUUUGGAGAUUCAUCAAGUGAAGAAGGAGCUAAUUUCCAUGCAGCUCUUCCUGAGAAAGGAUUUGAUUUUUUAUAUCGAGAAUUUCAAGUGUGUCAUGAAUGUUUUGCAUCACCCAUUAAUUGUUAUUUUAAUUCAUUUUGUAGUGCAUUUCCAGAUACGGAUGUGUAUUUUGGUUCAAGAGGAUCAUUCUUUGAAUUUAGACCUACACGAGGAUUCUUUGAAUGUGGACCACCCUAUACCUUAGAGGUGAUGAACAAGACUGCUAGGUAUUGUCUCGAGUUGUUGAAAGCUUCUAAUGAACCACUCGCAUUUGCUGUUUUUGUACCAGAAUGGACAGAUACUGAAUAUGGAAAUAUUUUACAUCCUGAUCAUACUCCAUUUUGUACGGGACAUUUAUUGGCUGAACAAGGAAAACAUGAAUAUGUGAUUGGAAUGCAACAUUUUAAAGAGAAUGAUCAACGGUAUUGGACUCUUCCAUUUCCAACACAUGUCUAUUUUCUCCAAAAUGAAGAAGGAAAGAAAAAGUGGCCAAUUACACCACAAUUAAUUGAGAGGUAUAAAAAGGUGAUGGAAAUGGAUCAUAAUGGUGCAGGAAGUAGUACUGGUGGUGAUAGUAGUAUCAGUAGCAAGAAGUAA